CUCUACGUUAUUACGGGCGAAUACUAGACAGUACUGUAUGGCGGCAGCUGCAGGUUAUUUAGCGAUUGCAUUGCUGCUUUUGAGCGUCGCUCCUUUGAGUGCUGCAAAGCCAAACAUUUUGUUUAUGAUGGCUGAUCAGUUGAGAGCUGAUCUAAUAGCGGCGGCCGGUAACAAUAUCACCAAAACACCGAAUGUGGACAGACUGGCACGUGAGGGCGUGAUGUUUAGAAAUGCAUUUAGUUCUACUCCGACGUGCACACCAGCGAGGGCAGCAAUACUGACAGGAAAGAAACCAUGGAAUCAUGGCAUGCUGGGUUAUGGAGCUGUGGCUAAGCAGUAUCCUUAUGAGAUGCCACGGGCUAUGGCUGAAGAUGGCUAUUAUACUAAAAGCAUAGGAAAAGAUCAUUUCGGAUGGGAUAAAAACCUUAAUGAGGGUAUAUCUCAUGGUUACAUGGAUACAGAUUUGUAUGACGGUUUGACUGAAGAAUUUGAUGACUAUGACCAGUGGUUCAAUAAAACUAAUCCAGGAGUAAAUCCAAUGGCAACUGGAUUGACAUGGAAUGACUACAGAGGCAGACCGUAUGCUCUACCCGAGUAUUAUCAUCCAACUGCUUGGGUUGGAAGGGCAGCAGUUGACUUUCUCGAUAACUACAACAGAUCAGAACCAUUCAUGCUUAAGGUUUCGUUUCAUCGACCUCACAGCCCCUAUGAUCCACCCAAGCGGCUUAUGGACAUAUACAAUGUUAGUGACAUGCCAGCACCAUAUCAAGGAAGCAACUGGGACAAUCGAUUUGCCAUAAAAUACAAUACGACUCCAAGUCCAGGCAUCUGGUGUGGAGACAUUGGGCUGGACGUUGUGAAACAUUCGAGGCAAGCUUAUUAUGGCAGCGUGACGUUUGUUGAUGAAUGGGUUGGUCAUAUUCUUGGUGCUUUGCAGCAACGAGGGUGGCUGGAAUCAACACUGAUUUUAUUUACUGCUGACCAUGGUGAUAUGAUCGGUGACCAUUAUCACUUUCGAAAAGGAUUUCCAUAUGAGGGUUCAGCUCACAUUCCAAUGCUCAUUCGUUGGCCAGACACCAUGACAACCAAGAACCAUGGUCCAGUCACUGUGUCACGAGGAAUCAUUAGAGAAGAACCUGUAGAGUUACGAGAUCUCUUUCCUACAUUCCUGGAUGCUGCUGCCAGUCGUCCUUCCAAGCCACUUGAUGGGCAGAGUUUGUUGAAUUUGCUUAGUGAUAAUGUGACCGAUGGGCAAUGGAGGGAGUAUGUUGACUUGGAACAUGACGUCUGUUAUAAUGUGACCAACCAUUGGAAUGCUCUGACAGAUGGACACAUGAAGUAUGUUUUCCGUGCAUAUUUUGGAGACGAGCAGCUGUUCGAUCUAGACAAUGAUCCUCAUGAAAUGACUAACCUUGCAGGCAAUGCAACAUGGGAGAAACCACUAGAGCUAUGGCGCUCACGAAUGGUGAAACAGUUUCAAGAAGAAGGUCGUGGACCAGACUGGGUGUCACCAGACGGCAAGCUUAUGCGUAGAAUCAAAGGUCAACUUUACUCUCCCAAUUACCCACGCAAGUGAUAAGCCAGCACCAAUCGAUAGAUACAGGUAACACUGGAUUUGCUAGUUAUAUGUAUACAGCAAACGUGUUUUACUUAAAAUCUCUAUUUGUGUACAAGUCUGCAUUAGUCUGUCUAGCAGUUAUUUGCUCUUUCCCAAAGUCUGUUUGAUGGCUUGCUUUUG